AUGGUGGCGGCCGAAGAGAGAACUGCCAGCGGCUCCCGCGCCAGCGAGACUACAGCUGCCAUACCAGACGGCAAAAAAAAAAAAAAAAGAUUGGCAGAAAACCGCAUUGGCUCUCACCACCUUGGACUUUCAUACGACAACAUCCAUUACCCCCACUACGACAACCCGAUUUCUCCUCUGCCCGUCAUGGCCACUGAACCCCCCGCAAAGAAAAAGUGCCUGGGCGUCGAGUGCGACAAUGACGCUGGCACCCUCCAGUGCCCGACGUGCCUCAAGCUCGGCAACAAGGACAGCUUCUUCUGCACCCAGGACUGCUUCAAGAAGAGUUGGAGCACACACAAGGCCAUGCACAAGUCUCAAAGUAAUAUCCUCCACCACCUGCUCGCCCCGAAAGCUAUCUCACCAGAUCCAGCAACGGGUUACUACAACCCCUUUCCGAGCUUCCCCUUUGCCGGCCCCCUCCGACCCGUCUACCCCCUCUCCGAGCACCGCACCGUGCCGCGCGCCAUCCCCCACCCUGUCUGGUCCGAGGACGGCAACCCCAAGUACAGUCGCUCCCUCGCCAGCCGCACCAAGUUUGAGAUUCUCGACGCAAAGGGCAUAGAAGCCAUGCGCAAGGUGUCGAAGCUCGCCCGCGAGGUCAUUGACCUGGCCGCCGCCGCCGCCGUGCCCGGCGUCACCACCGACUACAUUGACGAGAUUGUACACAACGCCUGCGUCGAGCGCAAGUCGUAUCCCUCACCGCUCAACUACAACCACUUCCCCAAAUCAUGCUGCACGUCGGUCAACGAGGUCAUCUGCCACGGCAUCCCCGACAAGCGCGUCCUUAUCGACGGCGACAUCCUCAACAUUGACGUCACCCUCUACCACGAGGGCUACCACGCCGACCUCAACGAGACGUACUACAUUGGCGACCGCGCCAAGGCGGACCCGGACAAUGUCCGCGUCGUCGAGGCUGCCCGCGAGUGCCUCGACGAGGCCAUCAAGGCCGUCAAGCCCGGCGUUCAGAUCCGCGAAUUCGGCAACAUCAUCGAGCAGCACGCCAAGACGAGGGACUGCAGCGUCAUCCGCACCUACUGCGGCCACGGCAUCGGGAAGCUCUUCCACUGCCCGCCCAACGUGCCCCACUACGCCAAGAACAAGACCCCCGGCGAGUGCAAGGCCGGCAUGACGUUUACCAUUGAGCCCAUGAUCGCGCUGGGCAAGUACCGGGACAUCACGUGGCCGGACAACUGGACGAGCACUACGAUUGACGGCAAGCGCACAGCGCAGUUUGAGCAAACCCUCCUGGUAACAGAAGACGGCGUCGAGGUGCUGACGGCGAGAAACGAAAAUUCCCCUGGCGGCCCGGCGCCGAUGCCGACGGUGGCGUAA